CACAAGGUAUACACCUAAGCAAUUUCUUGCAGCCAACGAAUAAACCUUUGAACUUUCCUCUUCCUGUGGCUUCCUAAAACCUCAGCUGAACCCAACACCGUUCAUUAAAUGGCCGCCAAGCCCCAAACCCAUUUUAACCUCCAUGAUAUAUAAAUUUUAAUUAUUUUUUAGCCUUUUUUUUUUUCACUUUGGUGGGUUCUCGUUUGUAUGAUUUUUAUCUAUGGCUAGCAAUGAGAAUCCAGGAAGUGAAUCCAAUAAUAAUGGCGGUGCUGCUUCUUCUUCUUCGACUUCAAAAGAUGGAGAAACACCCACGCAAAUUCAACCUUUUAGAAUGCCUACAAUAGAAGAGGUUCGUGCCCAAGACGUUUGGAAUAACUGUGCUGUUCGCAGUGUUGCUAGUGGAGUCAUGGGAGGUGGGCUGGGGUUGUUCAUGGGACUGUUUCUAGGUGCAUUGGAUAAUCCCAUCAUGCAAGAUGAGAUGACAGGAAGGCAGCAAUUUAUUUAUACUGCGAAGCAAAUGGGACGGAGGAGUUGGAGUUCUUGUAAAACGUUUGCAAUUAUGGGCUUGGUUUUCUCAGCUGCUGAGUGUGUCACUGAGAAGGCCCGGGCAAAACAUGACACCACUAAUACGGUUGUUGCUGGGUGUGUCACUGGAGGUACAAUGUCAGCAAAAGGUGGCCCGAAAGCAGCAUGUGUUGGCUGUGCUGGGUUUGCUGCAUUCUCAGUUUUGAUAGAGAAGUUCCUAGACAGACAUACUUGAGUGGACAAGUACCCGGUUCCAGUUUUGCAGACCUUAGAUCAUCUGGAUUUGGAUUAGAGAACUAGCAGUCUAGCAGCUUGCAGUGAAAUUGUAGUUUUUCCUUGCAUUCGUUUUCAAUCGAUUUUAAUUUGCCCCCGCUAUGAAGCGGAACGACAUUGAAUAUACAUACAUGUCUCGUAUAAUCUUUUCAUUUUUCCAUUUAACCGAUGCAUCACAUAUAGAAUAUCCAGUGUGAUCGUAUAAAUUCCAUAUCUGCUACAGUUUCAAAUAACGAGUGACUAGUGCUCACUUGUCUUGUCUAGACUUGAGAGAUUAUCCUUCAAGAGCAUGUAUUCAACUCUGUCAGUGUGUAGACUUUUGCUGGUUCAAUUAUGGGUGCUGUUAUCUUUAUAA